AUGGCCCCCGAUGCUCAGCCCCCGCAGCAACGGGGACAGGCAGGAGGCCCAGCGCAACAGCACCAAGACGAGCCAUGGAGCCCCUCGUCGUGGCGCUCCAAGCCCAUCCGGCAGGCGCCCCAGUAUCCUGACGCCGACAAGCUCUCGCGCGCCGCCGGCGAGCUCGCGCGCAUGCCGCCCCUCGUCCACCCCAACGAGAUCCUCACCCUCAAGGCCCAGCUGCGCGACGUCGCCCACGGCAAGGCCUUUCUCCUCCAGGGCGGCGACUGCGCCGAGCUCUUCGACUACUGCGAGCAGGGCGCCAUCGAGUCCAAGAUCAAGCUGCUGCUGCAGAUGAGCGUCGUCCUUAUCUGGGGCACCAACAAGCGCGUCGUCCGCAUCGGCCGCAUGGCUGGCCAGUACGCCAAGCCUCGCUCCAGCCCGACCGAGGUGGUUCAGGGCAACGAGAUCCCUAGCUUCCGCGGCGACAUUCUCAACGGCUACCGCGUCGACGAGCGCGACAUUGACCCCUCUCGUCUGCUCAAGGCCUACCACCACUCGGCCGCCACCCUCAACUACAUCCGCGCCGCCAUCGCCUCGGGCAUCGCCGACCUCCACCGCCCUCUCGACUGGGGCCUCGGCCACGUCAAGGACCCCGUCCUCAAGCAAAAGUACUCGGCCAUCGCCAACAGCAUCCAGCAGACGCUCCGCUUCCUGCAGGUCAUCAACGCCCGCCCCGGCGAGCUCGACACCGUCGACCUCUUCACCAGCCACGAGGGCCUUCUCCUCGAGUACGAGCAGCCCCUGACGCGUCUUCUCGAGCAGCCUCCGCCCCCCGGUGGGCCCGAGGCCGGCAAGAGCGAGUACUACGACACGUCGGCGCACUUUGUCUGGAUCGGCGACCGCACGCGCCAGCUGGACCACGCCCACGUCGAGUUCUUCCGCGGCAUUGCCAAUCCCAUCGGCAUCAAGGUUGGGCCCACCACGCCGACGGCCGACCUCCUCGCCCUCCUGCGCACCCUAAACCCGAGCCGCGAGCCCGGCAAGAUCACGCUCAUCACGCGCUACGGCGCCGGCCGCGUCGCCGAGCUCCUCCCGCAGCACAUCCGCGCCGUCGAGGACUCCGAGUACGCCCGCUGCGUCGUCUGGCAGUGCGACCCCAUGCACGGCAACACCCUGUCCACCCCCGCGGGCAUCAAGACGCGCCGCUUCAACGACAUUUACCGUGAGCUGCAGGAGUCGCUGCGCAUCCACAAGGAGCAGGGCAGCUACCUCGGCGGCGUCCACCUCGAGCUCACCGGCGACGCCGUGACCGAGUGCCUGGGCGGCAGCGAGGGGCUGGCAGAGGAUGACCUGUCGACAAACUACACCUCCUUCUGCGACCCCCGCCUCAACGAGAAGCAAGCCCUCGAGCUCGCCUUUCUCAUUGCCGACCACUAUUCUCAGGAGCAGAAGCUGUCGUCGACGUGA